AUGUUCACUGUAGCCCCACGGGCAGGGGUGCAGCAGAAGAUUGUGCUUGACGCGAGUGCUGAAGAUGAGAAAGUGAAAAGAUUCAUCAGGGCUCUUGAACUUCUGUGCCUGACAGUUGCAAAUGCGGGAAUUGGGCCCUCGCCCUCCAAAACUCCUCGAGUGGAUACUAAGAAUGGGACACUUGAAGGAAUUUACCUUCCCGAAUUCAGUGAAGACGUGUUCCUAGGUGUUCCAUUUGCAUCUCCUCCGAUUGGGGAUUUGAGAUUGAGACGUCCCGUAUCUUACCAGAAUUCUUGGAAUGGCAUCCGCGAUGCCACUAGAAGGGGAGCGAGUUGUCCGGGAUAUGGGCCGUUGGAUGCUGGGUUGACCUUUGGCGAAGAUUGCUUGACACUUGAUAUUGUUAGACCUGCUGGAGUGCGAGAGAACGCCGGUUUACCUGUAUUCGUUUGGAUAUAUGGCGGCAAUUUUGUCGCAGGCUCAAGUGCUGAUCCGCGAUACAACACAUCGUACAUUGUCAAUGCCUCUGUUAUUAUUGACAAACCCAUCAUUGCGGUUGUCAAUGCUGGCGAAUCGAACAUUGGCCGGUUUGAUCAAAGGCUCGCGCUCGAGUGGAUUCAAGAGAAUAUUCGUCAUUUUGGAGGAGACCCGUCCAAAGUGACUAUUGCUGGAGAGAGUGCCGGUGGUUUUAGUGUUGGGUACCACCUAACGGGCUUUGAUGGUAACAAUAACGGCCUUUUCCGUGCAGCCAUCAUGGAAAGCGGGAAUUCCAUGGGUCCUGCAGUUUACUCCCUUUCCCAAUUGAAUACCACCUAUCAGCCGAUGUACGACAAUGUGACUGAGACAGUUGGGUGCUCAAAAGCCACCGACUCCCUGGAUUGUCUUCGACGAGUGCCCUAUGAAACUCUUUAUAACGCCUUAUCACCAUUUGCCAUCUAUCCCAUCGUGGACGGAAGCUUUUUGACACGUUUGCCAUCCGAGUCUUUUGAAAAGGGUUUCAUCGCAGAUUUCGCUAUUCUAGCAGGAACGAACACGGAUGAAUGCACUGCUUUUGCGCCUCGAGGUACUCUAAAUACCGAUAGUGAUAUUCACGCCUACAUUUCCGAAAUUAACUAUGGUCUUCAAAAUGCCACCGUGGCGAAGGUUAUGGAUUUAUAUCCCGAUGACCCCAUUCAAGGAUGCCCCUUUGGUACUGGGGGGAAGCGAUUUGCUUCUCAAGGCUAUCAGUUCAAGCGGGGAGCCGCUCUCGUUGCAGACGAAAUCUUCCAAGCCGGGAGAAGGUUCACGGCCAAAACCUACGCUUCGCGACCACAGUCGGAAAGAAAGCCAGUUUAUAGCUUUCGAUUUGACCAGGCUCCAUGGAAUGGGAUAGAACUUAUCAUGGCUACAGUGGCGCCUGUUUUUGUUACCCACUUCUCAGAGGUCUGA